CCUUUUUCAGUUUUCAUCUUCAACUUCUCUCUCUCUCUCGUCACCGCUUCUCUCAUCGUCCCCGCCUGUGUCGUCGGACGACCACCAUCACGUCCGACGCCACCCUAAACCCUCAAUUUCUCACCGAUUCUCACUCUAUUCUCUCUCUUUCUCUCGUCGCCCCUCUGUAUCUCUCUGAUUCUCUCGACUCAACUGAAGAACUCGGUGUUCAAGUUUGCAUCUUCACAGUAUAGAAGAAUAUAUAAAGCAGAAGCAAUGGCAAGGCGUGCCAUUGGUAAACAGCUGAUCAUUCCAAAUGAAAACUUGUACAUUCAACGUAAAGAGCCUAAUGCCAGUGGAAAGAGCAAGUGUUCUAAAACAGCUACAAAGAAAGGUGGAGUGGACUUUGGGAGUCGUAAAGCUCUUAAUGACAUUACAAACAAGAUUUUACCCAAGGAAGCUUCAUCAAAGAAAAAGACACUACCUAAGGAAGAUUUUAAUGUAGCUGAAGAGUUUUUGCAUGAUCACGAAAAAUGUAUCAAAGCAAAAGGAGCAGCGAUGAAUAAGUUUUACUUGGACAGGGUCCUUCCAGUACAAGAUUCAACAUCCAUGGAUGAAUAUCUGGAGUCUAAACAAGCAAUGGAUGAUCUUGAUAGUCCUCCAUGCUAUCCUGAACUAGAAGAGAUUCCUGAACCAGAAGAGUUGUCCUUUUUUCAGUGGCUUUCUCCUCCAUCUUCUCCAUUACGUUGGGUGUCCCGCCAUGCUGUCCUUUAUCGUUGCCACUUGAGGUGGUUGAAUUUGUGUUGAGGGAAGGAAAUGAUUGAAUAUGUCCUCAUAUGUUCAAACUUUCUUUCCAGAUGAAAUGUAAAUCAGAUUUACUGUUGUUAUUCUUGAUGUCUCUUUUCACAUAAAAGAUUUUGUAUUCGUUCUCCAUUGGAGCUGUUGAGUAAUGGGCAUUGGGGCUUGCUCAUUUAAGAAAGGGCCCAAUUGAACCUGUGUUCUUCAAGUUCAAUUCCGUUCUUAAUUGAACUGCUUCGAGCUAUUGUAAGAUACGACCUUGAUAUUAAAACUCAACCUUGGAACAACUGCUUUUGGUUAUAAACCUCUUGGAUUUCACAUA